GGGGGACGGGGGGUGAGCUGGACGGGUAUAACUAUAAGCGUCGACCACCCGUGUGCUUGAGGUCUCCAAUGUGAGGGCAGACAGAGUAAGCGCCUACUCGAAGUCCCAUCAAAGGAUAUACGCCUUGGUCUUAUCCAUCGUCCGAUCUCACCACCCCUAAUCGAAAAUGGCCGCGGUUGACGUGCAAAAACCAGCUCCUGUAGAGCAGGAGCCCGCGGCACCAGCAUUACCGGAUUACAUGACGGAUCCCAACGCUGUACUGAAGGAUGCGGACGCGGAAUGGAGGUACAAGCAACCGCCUGAUUACCAGAAGACACGGAAGUACUAUUCAGAAACCAAAACCCGCAACCACACCGCAGGCAGUUUACCCGCGCUCGUCGAGAACCUCGUGAAGAACUGGGAGAUCGAAGCGUCCUUCAAGACGCGGUUAUCAGACUGGCGGACAGUCGACUUCACGAAAUACAGCUUCGCGGUGAACGAUCGGGAGCCCGUGUCGGCGGAGCACAUGCUGCGCGUAGGGACGUACAACGCGAUCAUUGGCGUCGAUGCGCCCUCGGCUGUUUCAGGGACGUACUACGACGCUAAAGCGAUGGACUUCGGGACGAGCCACAAGACGUUCAAGCGCAUGAUGCCCGUGUUCGCGUGGGAGGUGCUUGAGGUGUACACGGAACCGCCGGUGGUAGCCUUUAAGUGGCGGCACUGGGGCGAGUUUAAGGGGGAUUACAGCGCUGUGAAUACUGCCGGCGAGAAGGUCAAGGUCCCUGCGAAUGGAAAGGUCGUCGAAAUCACGGGCGUCACGGUGGCGCAUCUGAAUGACAAGCUCCAGGUCACGAAGCUGAAGACGUGGUUCGACUCGGAUGAGAUGUUUCGGCAGAUGGAUCCUGAUAACCAGGCUGUCAGGAUACCGAUGAGUGAAUGUCCAAUAAUGGGCGCUUCUACAAAGUCCGACCAGGUCGAGGCUGGGCUAAACGUGGCCUAAUCUGAAUCCCAGGGGUUGUCGACGACUGGUGAGGUGAUGACAGGGGCUGGGCGGAAUGUAAUGUUUAGGAGUGUUCGAUGAGGAGUGUCCCUGUAUUGAACGGGAAUAGGACUGGCAUCGGGGUAAUGGCGAGCUGAGAGUAACUGGGCUGGCUCUAUGCUCAUCUCAAGCUCAUUAGACUACGGGAAUAUAACCAUAUUUUCUAUUUCAUGCAUUUCAUAGAUUUUGUAUUGUCAUAGCGCCCGAGAGCUUAUAACUCUCGUGAUGAAACAUGGUUCAAUUGAAAUUUGUGUGAUUCAUAUGAUAUUUCUCAACCAGUGAGUCUACAUCGCACAGAUA